GUUUAUACAAAUUUGAUGAUUACAUCUCUCCUUAACGCUAAUGUGAUGCUAAAGCAGUUAUUGUGUGUUUUAAUGGCUUUGUUUGCAUCAAGAGAUACAGUAAUCUACAAAUGAAAACAAAAUACCUGUUCAGACACUCAGCCAACACCUCAUUGGCAUUAAUUAUCGCCAAUAUUGGCCUCAUUCUGCAACUGUGCUUGGUCAGAUGUCUGGCUGACGAGCAAACAGUGCAAUUGGAGUCAAAUUUGGAGACAAUUGAUGGCCUGGAUGUGCAAAACCCGGGAUCCAAAAGGACUGAAUGCUUUGAGGAGAAUGUGGUUAAGUGUAACACUAGUGAUGAGGUCUGUUUGCAUCCCCAGUCUAUAUGUGACGGCAUAUCCGACUGUCCCAACGGCUACGACGAGAGCGUACAACUCUGUGGUGAGUCCUCUCAUACAUAA